AUGACGGGCUAUCGAAGCGCAGGGAACCAAUCUCUGCUUUCUUUCAGGACAGGCUUCGCUGUCUCAGGAUACUCUGGCUACAUUCCCAGCAACGAAGCAGUUCCCAUCCCUACCAAGGGCGGACCCAACGAAGAGCCUCCAGAGGCACUGAGAGACAGGAGCCCUGCUAGGGGGUAUCCGGAGGGCAUGCCUCUCAAGCCUCCAGCAGAUACCGAGUAUGGAGAGAAGUUCAGGGAGGAGGACAUGAUCCGAACGCACCGCCGUGGGGGUCUGGAGCCGUCGGAAAGUUUCUACGAAGACGGAGGGGUGCGGAUGCUGAAUGAGGAGGAGACGUCUCAAGAUCGGAUCCCCUCGAAGAAGUUCGUCGGGUCUUCGAGCUAUGCGACAGGCUACGUCGACCCGGCUGCGAGGAUGCGGUACAGUGUGGUGGAGGGGAGGAUAUCAGCUAUGAACGCUACAGAGACUAAGAGGAGGAUCAUGCUGGGCGACAGGAAGUCCAAGUCAAGGGCAGCAGUGACGACAUAUGGAGCUGCGUAUGAGCUCUUGAACGCAAAGCAGGGCGAUCACAGCUCAGUUGCCUCGCCUUCCAGCCAGUAUAGCCAGACGGGCAGCAGCAUGUACAACACCAUGUACAACCUGGCGAACAGACCCGGGAAGCUGAGAGACAUGCGAGCUCUGCGUGAUCCCGUCCAGAUCACCGAGAACGCCGACACCAAAGAGCUCUUUGCCACCAGCUCCAAGUACUUCCAUGGAAGAACUCCAGGCUAUCAAGGAUUCCUGCCGGAGAACGUGCACGGGUCAAGCAGGACCGAGCGAGCUCUAGAGCAUUCUAAGGACCACCUUCAAACCCAGUCGAAGAAGUUCGGGCUCUUUGUCCUCCACAACUUCUCCCAUCACAUACCUGGAUACCUCGGCUUCCAGGCGCAGAACCCCAACAACGCCAAGUCAGCCCCCAAGUUCGCCCUUGAAGGACGGCUAGGGACGACAACAGAGGACUUCAAUUAUCAGGUCGCAGCCCCUGAGACGCUGGAGAAGACGAAGGAACGGCGAUCGAACAUGAAGAUGUUCCACCCCACACGCGGGAGAUACCAGAAGGACUUCUCUGUCUCUUCCGAGAUGCUCACCUUCUUCACGCCUGGAGCAGAAGUCGAAAGCGCCAACGGCAAGACCAACGCUGAAGGAUUCUACAGGAUAUCUCGUCCCCUCGAGGGCCUGCCAAGGAAGUUCGUCCCGUCCGCCACCACGGAGAGCGGCUACCUCUUCGAUACCUACACGAGCAGGAUCGGAUGA